AUGAAUUGCUCUGUCUCUUUAAAAGCAGGUCGGGACAGGGAUGACCAAGGAAAGCCAGAUGACAAUAAAUACAAGGGAGGCGUCUAUAUGGUUUUUGAUUACAUGGAUCAUGAUCUGACUGGACUCGCUGAUAGUGGUGAACUGAGAUUUACUAUUCCUCAGAUCAAGUGUUACAUGAAACAACUGCUCACUGGGCUUCACUAUUGUCAUGUGAAUCAAGUUCUUCACCGUGAUAUAAAAGGCUCAAAUCUCCUUAUUGACAAUGAGGGCAAUCUAAAGCUGGCAGAUUUUGGGCUUGCAAGAUCGUAUUCUCAUAAUCAUACUGGAAAUCUCACAAAUCGUGUCAUCACACUGUGGUAUAGGCCCCCUGAAUUACUACUCGGGGCCACAAAAUAUGGCCCAGCCGUUGACAUGUGGUCGGUUGGUUGCAUAUUUGCUGAACUCUUGGAUGCAAAACCAAUCUUGCCUGGGCAAAAUGAGCAAGAGCAACUGAAGAAGAUUUUUGAGCUUUGCGGAUCACCUGAUGAAAAAAUUUGGCCUGGGGUUUCCAAGAUGCCUUGGUAUAACAAUUUCAAGCCCACAACGCCUUUGAAGAGACGCGUGAGAGAGUCCAUCCGCCAGUCAGUAACCUUCGAUCGCCAUGCUAUUGACCUACUGGAGAAAAUGUUGGUGCUUGACCCAUCAAAGGUAUUAGAGAUACUUAUCCCUUAUUGGCAGCGAAUACCUGUAAACCGAACUUUGCCUCCUAUUGUGACUUCAAGUCAGGACGCUAGAAUAUCUGCACAGGAUGCUCUUGAUGCCGAGUACUUUUGGACUGAGCCGUUGCCAUGUGACCCAAAGAGUCUACCUAGAUAUAAAUCAUCGCAUGAGUUCCAGACAAAGAAAAGGCGGCAACAACAGCGUCAAAGCGAGGAAGUAGCCAAAAGACCGAAACUGCAGCAGUAUCCACAGCAGCAGCACUCUCGCUUGCCUCCAUUUCAACAUGGUGGCCAAUCUCGCCCUGCUCCACAUUGGCCUGCUGGUCCAAACCUUCCCACUAACGCACCGCCGCAAGUACCUGCGGGAUCAAGCCACCACUUCAACGGGAACCUGCAUGGUCCAGACCAGUACCCUCCUAGUGGAAAUCAAAGCGGGGGUUAUAAUCAGAACCGAGGGGGUUACAGCAGCGGAUCGAAUCUUCCAACACAAGGACACGGAGGUCCUUAUGUAGCCGGUCCUAGAGGGCCUAGUGGCGGUGCGUACGGUGUUGGACCACCUAACCACACACAAGGUGGUCAGUAUGGUCAGAACCUAAUGGGAGGUAGUAGAAACCGAUGGCAACAGUAG